GCGGCAGUACACGCGCUACUUGUCGCGUGCUCAUGACGACCAGACGCAGCGUCUGACGUCACUGCUAACGGCAGCAAUGGCGGCCCCCACAGAAACCACGAGUGAAACGCCAACAAAUAAAAAACAGAAAAAGAGCAAAAAUACAGUGGAUGAGACCGAACUGCUGACGGUACCAGAUGGCUGGAAAGAGCCCAAGUUCACCCGAGAGGACAAUCCCAAAGGUUUGCUGGAGGAGAGCAGCUUCGCCACACUUUUCCCCAAGUACAGAGAGGCGUACCUGAAAGAGUGCUGGCCGCUGGUGCAGAAAGCGCUCGGAGAUGUGUUCAUCAAUGCCACACUGGACCUGAUUGAAGGCAGUAUGACGGUGCACACAACAAAGAAAACAUAUGACCCGUAUGCAGUCCUCAGAGCGAGGGAUCUCAUCAAGUUACUGGCCAGAAGUGUGCCGUUUGAACAGGCUGUAAGGAUACUUGAAGACGACGUGGCUUGUGACAUCAUAAAAAUUGGGACUCUUGUGCGAAACAGAGAGCGUUUUGUGAAGAGACGACAGAGACUGAUUGGCCCCAAGGGCUCCACGCUGAAGGCACUAGAGCUUCUGACCAACUGUUACGUGAUGGUUCAGGGCAACACGGUGUCUGCUCUCGGCCCGUACAAUGGCUUGAAGGAGGUACGGAAAGUCGUGCUUGAGACGAUGAAGAAUAUUCACCCCAUUUACAACAUAAAGACAUUAAUGAUCAAGCGGGAGCUGGCGAAUGACCCGGAGCUGCGCACUCAGAGCUGGGAGAGAUUCCUGCCCAACUUCCGCCAUAAGAGUCUCUCCAAACGCAAGAAGCCCAAGAAGAAGACAGUCAAGAAGGACUACACGCCGUUCCCUCCGCCUCAGCCCGAGAGCAAGAUUGAUAAGGAGCUGGCAACCGGUGAGUUCUUCCUGCGAGAGAGCGAGAAGAGACGCAAGAAGAUGACUGAAAUUAAGGUGAAACAGGCUGAAGCUUUAUCCAAGAGACAAGAGCAGCGGAAGAAAGAUUUCAUUCCCCCUAAAGAGAAACCCGCCAUGAAGAAGACCAAACCAGCAACCACAGAAAACAAAAUUGAUAUUCAAGCCAUUAAAGAAAAAGUGAAGAAAGCAAAAAGUAAAAAGCUCGGAGCUCCUCCUGUAAACCCCGAGACACCUUCAGCGAAAGACGGCAAACGGAAGAAAGUCAAAAGCUAACUCGCGUUGAUCGAUCUGAACUCUGCUGAUCUGACUGUGAUCCUGGAGAAACACAUUCAGACCAUCACUGGACGCCUGUUCACCUGUUGUAAUAUUGUGUUUAUUAGUCAAUGUGUUUAUAUAAAAGAUGUUUGAUUUCA